UGCUCAAUGGACAACCUUGUUAAUUCUUUAAAUACUCAACUAUUUUAAUCUAUUCUAUUCGAAUUGUUUUUAUUCUACAAUUAUGUCUCCCUAUUGGUGGGCAAACUCUUUAAAAAAAAGACAUUCAUUCUUAUUUCUCUUUUUUUAUACUGUCACUCUUUCAUUUGUUUUUUGUUUAACUAAGCCAUAAAUUUGACUCUUCCUUAUUUUGUGCUCCCCUUUUUGUCCUGAGCGUAUGUGCUUAAACAUACUGUUGGAAACUCGCACUGUCACUUCUUAUUAACAGAGCCGGUUGAUCCGAAAGAUGCUUUGGACAAAGAGAAAGCUCUCCAAGCUUUAGCUGCCUUGCGGCAUGCUAAGUGGUUUCAGGCUCGUGCCAAUCACUUAUCGUCGUGCGUUAUCACGAUCCGCAUUAUGCGGGACAUGUGCCAACGCGUUGCUGCAUUCAAGCCAUUGAACAAUUGGGCAGUAGAACUUUUAUGUGAAAAAGCCUUGGCUAGCAGCUUUCAACCACUUGGUCCUGGUGAAGCCUUUCGACGGGUAUUGGAGACGAUUGCCUCUGGAAUUCUUUUACCAGGUGGGCGAGGGUUAUUGGAUCCAUGCGAGAAAGAAAAGUUUGACGCAAGCGGUUGUCUGACUGUGCAAGAAAGGGAAGAUGUCACGGCGGCCGCACAGCAAGCCCUUCGCCUGCAAGCUUUCAGGCAGCUUCACAAGAUUCUUGGUGUGGAACCGUUAAAACCGAUGUCGAAGCUAAAGCGUCCGGCUGACUCUUCGCCAGGCGAAGAAGGUGAAAAUAAAGUGGCGAAGAAAGAUUAAAAAGCUUUCGAGAUAUAUUUAA